AUGGACGGCUCUAUGGCUUCUGGGAUUGGCAAUGAGAAAGCAACUACAGAUGUUGAUGACUCUACAUGGGAUGCUUUUGAUAUUUCAUCUUCAGAAGAUGAAUAUGAAAUACCUUCGUCUGAUGAUGAUGAUAGCAUUUUUGGUGAUCCUGUAUCUGAGUCUGAUAAUAUGGACAUCGAUGAUGAAGACAGCAUAAGAGAGACAGAUGAUGAACCCACUUCUGAAAAUACGAGUGAUGUUGUUGUAAUCGAAACAAGUGAGCUUACCUACUAUGGGGAUUCUGAUUUGGAAGACUUUGCUUAUGAAGAGGAUAUUCCUGAGCAGUUCGAAAUCAUUAGAAGGGGGGUUUCACAGCUGUCAAAAUCUGAAUGCAAAAGCGAAGUGACAGGAAGUUCCCAGUUGGACCAUACUAAGCAGGAAGAUAAUAAGGAUCCAUAUGAUAUUGAUGCGGAAAUGAGCAGACAGCGAAAGUAUGAGGCUGUAAGGGCCAUGAUCUUUGUUUCCGAAGAGGCUGCCUAUUAUUUCUACAACAAGUAUGCCAAAGAACAUGGUUUUAGCAUUCGACGCGAGAAGAAAAAGGAACGCCUUGAUGAAUUAGGGACACCCACCAUUCGGUAUAGGCGGUUUCUUUGCUCCAGGGCUGGGCAACGUGAAAGCAAGUACUUAGAAAUGAAAGACAGAAUGUAUAGGCACCGUCCUGAGUCUCGCUGCAACUGUGGUGCCCAUUUCAGUGUGUCGUAUAACAGGAAAAAGGGUGUUUGGACUGUUCUGAGAUUUGACGACAAUCACAACCAUAAGCCUGCUACAGCUGAUCAAAUCGCUUUUAUGAGGUCUCAUAGAAAGAUCAAGGCUCAUCAGAAAUCUAGGAUCAUGUCACUGGGAGCUGCUGGGAUGAGAUUAUUCAACAUUAUGAGGACAUUUAUCAGUGACAAUGGAAAAUACAGCAUGGUAGGAUUUGUAAGAAAGGAUCUUUACAACAUGUCUUGCCGUGAAAAGAGGAAGAUGCUUGCAAAGGGUGACGCCAACACAACCAUUGGCAUUAUGGAGAAGAGGAAGCGAGAUGAUCCUGAAUUCUAUUUUGAUUACAAGCUUGGUAAAGGUGGAAAAUUGUUACACCUGUUCUGGUGUGAUUCUCAGUCUCGGCAGGACUAUGCCGACUUCGGUGACGUGCUGGUGUUUGACAGCACGUACAAAACAAAUCGGUAUGCUAUGCCGUUCAUACCUUUUGUGGGAAUAAACAAUCACCGCCAGACUACUGUUUUUGCAUGCACCAUUGUCUCGGACGAAAAGGAAGUAACAUACAAGUGGUUGUUAGAAACAUUCCUGAAAGCCAUGUAUCAGCAGAAGCCUAAAGGGAUCAUCACUGAUGGGGAUGCUGCAAUGAUCGCCGCUGUUGGUAAAGUCUUUCCAGGCGUGUGGUACCGUGUUUGUACGUGGCAUAUUGAGAAGAACAUGAAGAAGCACAUUGACUCCCUGGCUCACAAUGAAUUCCGGUCGCUGCUGUACUACACCACUUCAGAACAAGUAUUCGAGGAGAGAUGGAGGGCAUUCGUCGAGAAGCACCAGACGGAAUUAACCAAAGAAUGGAUGAAGAGGAUGUAUAGGAGGAAGAAGUUGUGGUCAGCCGCGUAUCUAGCGAAUGGAUAUUUCCUCGGAAUGAAAAGCAACCAGAGGAGCGAGAGUUUGAACUCCACCCUACACACCCACCUUGACUUUGGACUGACAAUGGUGGAUAUGGUUGUGCACUACGAGAAUAACAGUAGCCGUGUCCGGGAGGAAGAGGCCCGCCAGGACACCAUAGACUCUCAGACAGUACCGGUUGCAGUUACCAGGUACAAGGAUAUAGAAAUGUCUGCUGCCCGUAAAUUCACUGCUACAAACUUCUACCUCGUUCAAGGGGAGCUGAAAAAGAUUGGGGGCCUAGAGAUUGUAGAUCAACUUGGAUGUGCUGGUGGGUUAACAACCUUCGUUGUGUCAUGGAUGAAUAACCGUAAGUAUUUGUUUUCAGUGGAGUACAGACCUGAAAGCAAAGAGGAAACAAUAACGUGCAACUGCCGAAGGAUGUAUCGGAAAGGGCUACCUUGCAAGCACAUCUUGUUUGUUUUGCAUUUUGUGGGGUGCUCUGAAAUUCCGAACUGUUGUGUUCUCCGAAGGUUCUCGAAGGAUGCAAGGUAUGGUUUGCCCUCGAGACGCGAGAGUGAUUUGUACGGAUGGGGAUGGGAAGGGGUAGCUGAGCGGAGAAAGCAUAGCGAGCUUACCCAAAUUGGAGCAGAAGCUUUUGAUGCAGCAUUGCAUGACCCAGAAUCUUACAGCGAGCUUAUGAAAUGUAUGAAAGGCAUAAUACACAUGAGAAAAGGUGACCAGAACAGUCGUUCAACGGCUUACCAUGAGGACGCACAAAACAGAGGAGAUGCACCAGUAGUGGGUGAUCCUGAUAAAGCUGAGACCAAAGGAGCACCUAAACAAAACAAGAAGUACUAUAAGGACAAGGAUACGAAUCAACAGACGUCAAAACAUGGCAGGAUACUAUCACACGAUGAGCGGAAGAAGGAGAGGUUGUGCACUGCUUGCAAUCAACCAGGUCAUAACAGAAACAACAAGAUGAAGUGCAGGCUACAUAAGGAGUGA